GUCGGGUCUCUCGGGCCGUGAGCGCAGCGUGCGGCGCGCAGCUUGCCGAGGAGGGCGGCCGGCGGAGCGCCGGGCGCAGCCCCGCAGGCACUGAAUGGAUUUUUUUCCUCCGGUGGCUCCUGUGGUGGAAGCUACUAAGUUUUCUCCUGGUUCCCAACUGAAAUACCAGAAGGACAACUUUCAGCGUGGAUUCAUACUUGACAAAGAGGAAAGUUUAAAAUAUCUCUAUGCACAAAAGAACCAAAGAUAUUCCUACUCUAUGUCUGCAGAAAGCACUCAGGACAAGCCCAGGCAUGGAGGCUUUCAGUCAGGUGGACUAGAGAGCAAGUAUCUCAUCAACCAGACCUGUACUCUGUCAGCUAAAUCCUUAGGCAGACAUAAAGAAGGAGUGGACCGUGCAUAUCCCCUGCAACCAAUUUCUCACCACAAGAGUGCAAGCGAUCCACUGCUCAGCACUGGAAGUUCCCCCCACGUGCAGGAAGCUCCAAAUAGUAAAUCAAGCUCAAUAAGCAAAGAGAUGGUUCCAGCUGGGAGAUCUCAGUUAGCUGCAGUGCUCUGCCCUUGGACACGAGAGCCUGAACCAUCAACUCUCUAUCGCUACAGGAGAGAGCUGGCCUACAUCCUAAAGCUGGAGGAAGAUAGAAGGGACCUAGAAGAGGCAAUUCAAAAGAAAAAGGCCCUUCUUGGAGAGAAGCUAAAGAGGACAGAGGAGACACUUAGGAGGAUUCAAAGAGAGAAGGAGCUUAUCAAGGUAGAGGAGAGAAGAGAAAGUGAAGUGGAGAGGACCCAUGAGCAAAAGGCCACGAGGCACCCUGAAGAGAAAACUUUCAGAGCUGCAGACAUGCCAGGUGUUGGGAUCUUCAGCAGGACACAGUCUGCAGAGGACUCCAUCCCCAAGUCUGGCACCACUCCCCACCCCCAAGAGCUGGCUGUGGGGAACCUCAAGGAGUGGCUGGGGGCCGCAAAACACAACAAAACAAACAACAGCAAAAUACAAGACAACAUCCCCAUGGAGCAUUUAGCUUCUUGUUCAAAACUGGUCCCCAAACAGAGCCCUUCUCUCUCUGCCCUCUCAGACCAAGAUUCUGACGACCACCCAUCUGCAGAGAUGAUUCACAUGCAGGCUGCCAGUGCUGUGGAGCAAGAGGGCUUUGGACAGUGCAGCUUCUGCAAACGUAAGUUUCUCUGCACAAGGCUUGAGAAACACAUGAGUAUCUGUGGCAAGAACCAAGACUCCAAGAGGAAAGUGUUUGACUCUAGCAAGGCCAGAGCUAGGGGAACAGAACUGGAACAGUACCAGCAGCAGAAGAGCUCAAGGAGUCCUCAGAGUAAAACACCACCCAGAAAGAACAACUGGAAACAGAAGCACGAGGCUCUCAUCCACAUCAUGUCACAGGCCCGCCAGGUGGAGCAAACCCUCGCUAAGGGGAGUAAGGUCUCUGGCCUGCCCCCGCUGCCUCCCAUCGACAAUCCAGACUAUGUUGCCUGCACCUACUGCGGACGAAAGUUUGCUCCCCGAGUAGCUGAGAGGCACAUUCCCAAAUGCAAAAACAUAAGGAAUAGGCCCCCACCUCCACCGCAGAGGAGGCGCUGAUGAGGCAGUGCCAGCUGUAUCUGCUGCUGUGAUUCCCUGCCUGGUUUUUGCCAGAUUCACAGUUAUGCACAUUUGUGUUUGUGUUGGCUGCAAGCUUCUAUGUACAGCCAGUGAACAGCUCAGGAUGAAUUAGGUGAAAAACAGAAAUUGUAUACUUUGACCUGCACCCUAGGUUGCCCCACAAAAGAUGCCCCUUUCCUCAGCAUAAGAAGCUCAGGAUCAGAAAUUCCAGGGGUUAGAAAAGCUAGCAAUAGCAGGCACUUGCUGUUUAAAUCCUUAUGUCAAUUCAUGUGCAUAGAACAAGGAUACUCUGAAUCAGCCAGGCCCUUGAGGCAACAGAACAACCAUAACAAACAGAUUUUAAAAAAUGGAGUUUUCUUCCUGCAGGCCAAGUUGCUAGGAACCUCUAAAAGCAAAGCUUUCACCCUUCCUGAAGUCAUCUGCUUAUUUCAUCUUGGUUGCUGCAGUGGGAGGGAAUUAUGACAAAAAUAUAUCCCUUGUUUUCUUCUCGAGAUGCUAUUUUUCUAGAUUCUGAUUAUUAAAUAUA